GUCGAAAAGACCCUGAACGGUUAUUGCAUUACGGGAAUAGUCAUGGUACCUACACCGGACCAGUAACAUAAUAGCAAAAUAAAUCAGCUUUGUUUUUUUUUUGGUUUUUUACUCAGUUGAAAAAAAUGCCUCAGCCAACAUGGUAGACUAAUCACUUAUGAUUCAUUCAUUCGUUCACAGAAGCCAAUGAAUCUCAAAUAAAAUCCUUUUCACUUUUAAACAAAAUCGUUGGUUUGUUCAAUUUUAUGCAGGCUGAAUAUUUUACAUCUGACACUGAAGCAGUCCCGAUAGUAAACUCAAGAAGAGGCUACACAAAAAAAAAAUGAAACACCUGCCUAAAAUGUAAAUAUGCAAAUCAAUGAAAAAUUGAACUAAAUCAAACUUGAAACAUUUGUGAACAUAAGAAGAAUUUGGAGUUAACCUCCAUUUCUCUCCUGAAACUUCACCCGGCUGUCACUAUCCGGAUUCAGAUCCAUUCUAGGUUGAUUGAGUUUGUAUUUUGAAAAUGUGUGCUUGCGUGUGCUUCUUUACCCUAAAAAUAGAUCUUUGUUAAAAAAAAAAAAAAAACUAACGAACCCCCCCCCUCAAUAAAAAAAAACACUCCCCCAUUUCAGAGCUGAUUGCAUCACUAAGCAUCACACCACCAAUGACGUAAUUGAUACAUCAGUUUAAAAAUGUUGAUGUCGUAUGAUGUCAUAUGACUUCAAAUGAAAACAUUUCAUGUCAAAUGAUGUCAUAUGAUGUAACAUAAUCUGUCAUGAUGUAGUGUUAAAAGUUUAUAAAUAGGAGCAAAAACUUUAGAUUGUGAUCCAUUGUUGCACGCAGGUUUGGUCUAUCGCAAAGAACAGAGUUUAAGUUUAAGAAGUGCCUUCGUUUACAAAGAACAUUUGCUGUCAAACUGUUGUUAGAAACCUCAAUAAAUCAUACCAUGGAAACAUCAAGACGCCGUCCUGUCCGAAAAACCCAAAAGAAUUUUCAACUCAGCAAUUUGGAAUUGGUUGUGGAGAAUGAGUCCACUUUUGAAUUUUGGUUUGAUUCUACCAGUCCUAAAAAACUAGCCACUUUCAUGGACUGGGAUGACAUUGACGAAGACAAUGAUUACUCUCCCCCUUCUGAUGAUGAGGAGGAAUUUCCUGAGACUCCAGAAACUCCUCACUAUGAUUAUUCUCCCCUUUAUAAAAGUGAGGAUGAAGAAUUUCCCGAGACGCUAGAAACUCCAGAACCAAAAAGACAGCAGGAUUGGGAAAACGCCAAGCCUAAAACCUGCCCGCAAAACCAAACUUUAGGGUUAAAACCCUUAAGUUUUGCUCCACCCGUCUCCUUUCGCCCAGCUGCAUUCUUUCCUGUGAAGCGGGUGUCUGUCCCUGAAAAAACUCAGCCUAAAGAAAUCAAACCUUUGGGAAAGGGAAAACAAAGCGCAACUGCUUUGGAUGAGCCGACUUCAACCUCUGAGUCGACCUCAGUGGAGAACGCAGAAGAACUUCAAGUAGAGAACACUAUGAAAAGUGAAGUAGAGCGUCUGAAGGAGCUUCUCCAGCAGAAAGAUCAGAAGCUGGCGGACGCUGCACUGAAAGCUGAUCACUUUAAAGAACAGAUGAGCCACAAGACAGAACUUUUAGCAAAAGCUGAAACCUCUUUGAGCCACCUGACAGAAACACAAAAACAGCUGGCUAAAGAAAGAGAAGAAAACACCUCCCUCAAGCAAGAAAUGGCUGAACUAAGAAAAGCUCAUGAGGAGGAUAAGGCCGCAACUGAAAAGAAAAUUUUGGAAUCGCUCUCCAAUAAUGAGAAGCCCAUGGAACAGUUAAGAGAAACCAUCACAGAGAAAGAGACCAUCAUGAGCAAAUUUGAAAAGGUCUCCAGGACAAGGAUUGUAAAACUACUAGGUCAGAUUGACGACCUAAAAAUGGAGCAACGGAAGAAAGAUUACAUGCUGGCGGAAGCUGCUGGGAAAGCUGAACACCUUGAAGAACAGAAGAACCAAGAAAGACAGCAAUGGCAGGAAGAAAAGUCCUCUGUCUUACAAGAAAUCACUCAGCUAAAGACAGCUCUGAAGGACAAGGAGACUGAGGUGACCAAAUCUAAAAAAGUCUACAAGAAAAAGAAUGUCCAACUACUCCGUCAGAUGCACGACCUAAAAGUGCAGCAUGAGCAGGAACAGUUGGACUUCACCAGCAAAUUGGAAAUGGAGAAAAAGCAUCUUGUAAAGGACCAUCAGCUGGCAUUAACAAAAGUACAAAAUCAGCUGGCUGAAGAAAGAGAACGCUGGCUGGGUGAAUACGUCUCCCUCAAGCAAGAAAUGUUUGAAUUAAGAAUAACUCAUGAGGAGGAAAAGGCCGCAAUAAAAAAAUCGAAUGCGGACUCAAGCGGUGAGAUCUUCAAGCUACAAUAUCACAUUGAGGACCUAAAACGGAGGCACGAGGAGAAAUUUAAGAUCAUUAUGGACAAUUUUGAAAAGGAGAGAAUGCAUCUUAAAGAAGACCAUAAUAUGAGGAUGAAUUCACAAAUGGAGAUGACGAAUGAAGAAAUACAAAGAUGUGAGGACGAAAAAGACUCCCUGCUGAAAGAAAUGGAUAAAUUGGAAAGAAAUUGUGAGAAGCAUAAGGCAGCAUGUUACCGAGCUCAAAAGAAAAUUUCGGAAUUGCUUUCCACUGGCGAAAUGGAAAAAUUAAAAAGAACCAUCAGAGAAAAAGAUGCGAUCACAGACAUUUUGAAGAAAAAGCUGGAGAAAAGUGACCAACGGCUUGAGACAAUAACGGAGGCCGCUUUCAGGAUUGAAACCAACCUCAACAGGGAAAUACAGCUGUUGAAAGAAAAGAUUGAACAAGAGAGGAUCAAAACCAAUCAAGCCAAACUCAGCUUUGACCUGGAGGUAAAGGAGUCAACCAAGUUAAGAGCUGCUUUGGUCCAGAAAGAACUGGAAGGCCAGCAGCAGCUGGAAGAAGAAAGACAACAGCUGGAAGAAGAAAGACAACAGCUGGAAGAAGAAAAGUCCACCCUUUCACAACAAAUCGCUCACCUAAAGAAAGUUGUCAAGAAGAAAAAGACCAUCAUCAGAAAAACUCAGGAGGAUUUCCAGGUCCAAAUUCAUCAACUACAGCAGCAGGUGGAUGAGCUGAAAGAGAAGACUCCAAAGAAAAGUGUUGGUCGGAGGUUCCUGAACCUGUUUAGAAGGUCUAGAAAAAAAGACUAA